CUCGUCCGACGAUCGCACGCGCGCUCACACGACCAAUCAGGUCGCGCGUACACACUGCAUUCGCUCGCGCGCUCGCUCGCGCGCGUCGAAGGCGACGGUUUCCGAGACUUCCGGAACACGUCCACGGCAUUCAUUAUUCAUUCGAGAGCGCAUCUCGCGUAAGCAACUUAACAAACACCGGGAAUAUCUCCCGAGACGACGACGACGAUGUUUCGAGCGCUGAUGCGACUCCGCGCGACGGGCGCCCUCGCGCGGUCGUCCCGAGACGCGCGCCGUUUCGUGUCCUCGAAGACGCCGAGCCACGCGCUCCCGGCCGCGAGCGUCGGAUUAGACGCGGUCAUCGCGCGCAAGAACGUCGUCGCGACGGAGUUCAGCGAGCUUCGAAGAGAGACGGAAGAUCUCGCGAUCGGCCUCGAGAAGCUCACCGCGGGGGACCUGCUCCUCCAGAAGACGCUCGACCAGCGCGGGCACUGGCUCUGGGUGGACGUGAACUCCUCCGCGCUCGAGGCGGUGCAGCGCAUGACGAGGGCGAACGUCGGCGCGCUGCUCGUGAUGCGAGAGCGCGUCCUCGACGUCGACGACGACGGCGUCGUCACGCGCGAAGAGGCGUCCAGCGGCAAAUGGGACGACGCCGUCGCGGGCGUCGUCACCGAGCGCGACUACCUCCAUAAGAUCGUCGCCAAACACGGAGACGCGUCGACGACGAAAGUCGGCGACGUCAUGACCGCCAAGGACGAGAUCAACGUCGCAUCCGUGGACACGCCGGUGCUCGAGGCGAUGCGCGCGAUGAUCGAGGGCAGGCACCGACACCUCCCCGUGAUGAACAAGGAUCGCACGAUGGCCGGGAUGUUGUGCAUGGGCGACGUCACGCGGAUGGUCUUGGACGAGCACAGGAAAGAAGUCGUCCGUCUCAGGGAUUACAUGACGGGGGGGUACUGA